UGGAGUUAAUUCAUCUUCUCACAAUUCAUCUCGUGUAUAAUUCAUCUUCUCACAAUGGACAAUAUUGGAUUAGACCAUCUUGUAACAAUCCACCAUUUCAAGUAUUCUGUGAUGCGAGUGAAGGUUGGACGUUGAUCAUGAAGGUAGAUGGAAAUCGGCAAACGUUUAAAUACAACAGCAACUUGUGGUCGAACAAGGAAACAUUUCAACCAAGUAACUUGGAUUUGGAUGACAAAGAAACGAAACUGGCUUCAUAUUGGACACUACCAUUUACUGAACUUCGUCUGGGAAUGAAAAUAAAAGGAAAGACCAGAUGGAUCACCUUCAGCUAUACCGCAUCAUCUCUCUACAGUCUUAUUGCUGAUGGACAAUACAAGCCGACGAGUAUUGGUGAGAGUAAGUGGAGAAGUUUACUGCCAAGGACAUCUUUGCAGAGAAAUUGCAAAAAGGAAGGAUUCAAUGCAAAGAGUAGUCACCGUAACAGCGUCUCGAAACAUUCACUAGCUCGAUUGGGAUUUAUUGGUAACCAAGAGAAGAACUGUCAAACACCGGACUCUUUCCUUGGUUUUGGAACAAGGUACAGAUCAGUCCGAAAUAGUGCUGGAAACUAUGCUACACUUUUACCAGACAACGGUGAUGUAAACAUCAGAGCAAUUGGCUACAUCAUGGCACGUUGAAACAAUUAUACACUACACACAGUUUGUGAACGUUUAGAAAGUCAGUUACCGUUAUGUAGUAACUGCUAGCUGCAAUAACGCACAUUUCAAAUUUAGUACGUUUGCUCUCAUUGAUACACAUAUAUAAAUGCAAGCUUUUAGCGUCAGUCAAAAAGGGAAGUGAAAUAUAAUAUCGAGUACUCAUUCUGUCA